AUGGAUGAUGACUCUAAUAAACUGGAUUCAUACCUGGUACGCGCGAAGAGAUGGGAUCGCCCGCCGCCGUCGCCGCCUAUUCAGCCGGCGCAGAUCCGGCCUUCUUCUUCUUCGGUGACAGCGUGGGGGGCUGGGGUUGGUUGGGUGGAGGACGAGGAUGAUGAAUUUAUUCCUCUCACCAGGCAGGUCGAGGACGGAGAAGGGCCGCCCCUCCUCCUAGAUCAGUCGAGUGCGCCACUUGUUAGGGUUUCCAGUUCUCCCCCACCGCCAUGGAGGCUAUUCGCCGGGCCGCCGCCGCCGCCCACCACCACCGCCCGGCCGUCGCCGCCCUCCACCACCGCCCGGCCGUCGCCGCCCACCACCACCGCCCGGCCGUCGCCGCCCACCACCACCGCCCGGCCGUCGCCGCCCUCCUCCACCGCCCCGGCGCCCCCAUCUCCACCGCCACUGCCCGCGUCGCCGCCCUCCACCCUUCCGGCGUCCCCAUCUGCACCGCUACCGCCCUCCACCGCCCCGGCGCCCCCAUCCCCAGCGCCACCGCCCGUCUCCCCAUCCUCAGGCGCACUCCACCCCGCGCCCACUUCACCCCGCGCCGCCUCUGUUCGCAGUCCACCGUUGACAAGGUCCGCUCCGAGAUCCACCGGGUGAAGGCCGACCGGACCGAUCGAUUCAAACUCACCGACAACAAAAUUACCCCCAUCACCACCACCGUUAAAGAGAUAAACAAAGACAUCUCCGAGCCCAAGUAUGACGCCUCGGUCGAUCUUGUGAGGACCUCCAUCGAAGUAUGUGGACUUGUCCUUUCGUCAGGCUUGGCACUGGCUCUCGUGUCCUUCUCGGUCAUGGGGUUUGGUGGAGGGCAGGGAACCAAGAGCCCCGCCUGCGUCUAUGUGGACAAGGAGAUGGAGUGUGUGAAAGAAGAUCUCCUGAAGAAGAUCGACGCCACCGGCCAGUAGAGAUGAGUGCUGUGUAGUGUAUGUUGUAACCAUGUAGUAUAUGGUGUAUCGGGUGAACCUUUGUUUUCUGUCAGGGAUAAGUUAUUAGACUUAUGAACUUUGUUGGGAAGCUAUUUUCUGUCAAUCUUGGCUGGGGUUACUAAGACUGGACAUAUGUCCCAUCAUUUGCCCUUUAUGUAUGUUUUUCCUGGGGACACAAGAUCUUGACCAUUCUAUAAAUCUGCAUAUCGAGGUUUUGUUUUGUGAUAUCAUGAUGA